AUGGGGCCGAAUGGCGCAGGAAAAUCGAGUUUAGUACGUAUCGUUCUUGGAUUGUUGUCUCCAACGCAAGGGGUGAUUAAUAGAGAAAAAAGUGUGCGCAUAGGGUACACGCCUCAAAAGUUUCACUUUAGCAAUUUUUUGAAUGUGGAUGUUGAAAGCUUCUUAAAACUGCAUCCACGAGUUACAAAAAAAGAUUUAGAAAAAGCGAUUGAUCUUCUGAAAAUCGAAAGUCUUCUUAAACGUUCUUUGCAUGUUUUAUCUGGUGGGGAACGCCAAAAAGUUUUGAUGGCACGUGCUUUGAUUGGGGGGCCUAAUGUAUUGGUUCUGGAUGAACCUCUCAGUGGUGUUGAUGUUGCGGGGCAAUCUAUUUUAGGAGACUUAAUUGUACAGCUGGUGCGACAAGAAAAAAUGGCUGUUCUUCUUGUCUCUCAUGACCUUCAUUUUGUUUUAGCGCAAAGUGAUCAGGUGAUUUGUUUGAAUGGCCAUAUUUGUUGUGCAGGGUGUCCAAAAACAGUUGUUAAAGAUCCAUCGUAUCAAGCGUUAUUUAGUGUACACGGGGCCUUUGUCCCUUACAAUCACGCACAUGAUCAUUGUGAUCAUGAGGGAGGGGAACACAGUGAUUGA